CUGCAUCUCUCGACAUAUGCAUCUCCACGAAACGGCUGCGGGUUUGAUGUCUUCAAUCGUUCUUCCAUUCAGUGUCCGGCGGGUGAUGUGGUAUCAAUCGCUUUUCGGUUUGCUCCCUUCUGCCCGUGACCUCAGCAUGUCUGGCAUGAUCCUGCUGCUACUGACCUGGGCUUCGGCCAUGUCUUCUGCCAUUGCGCGCUCAGCUCCUCGCGCCGCCAUCCCCACAACUCCUACCCGCCUGUUCCUCCUCUGUCUCUCCACCACAUCGCUCCUCGCCCCCGCACAUGCUCAACGCGCGACAGCACGCUCCCAUCAUCCAUCGCGGCGGUCCUCUUCGCUGUACUCCCCCAGGACCUGCCCUCUCAACCGUGACACCAGCCCGGCUUCCAUCGGCCUGCGCUCUUUCCACACAUCCUCGCAUACCUGGAGCGCCUCUCCGCAAUUCUCGUACCAUGUCGCCUCAUCCUAUGCUGCAAAGCAAGACAGGUUCGAUGCGCGGCGCAAUCUGUACACCAAUCCCGUCUUCGAUCCCACCGAGAGCAAGGCGGGUUUGACCGAGUGUAAAACCUCAAAGGAUAGACGGCUCAGGGCCAAGAGCGGACAAGAUGCUUUUUUCUACAGCCAGGUGGGCACAACAAAAUCCUCUACUUUCGGUGUAGCGGAUGGCGUGGGAGGAUGGGUCGAAUCCGGCAUUGAUCCCGCCGAUUUCUCACACGGCCUCUGCGAGUACAUGGCUUGCGCUGCGAGGUCGUGGCCGCGCCAUUCCAACAAAACCUCCUCAUUGCACCCCAAGGAUCUGCUGCAAGUGGCAUACGACGAGGUCAUAGAGGACAAGGGCAUCGUCGGUGGAGGCAGCACGGCAUGUCUCGCUGUCGCGGAACCAAGUGGCAAUGUCGAGGUUGCUAAUCUGGGAGAUUCGGGUUUCAUGCAUCUGGGCUUGAACGCCGUACGACACUUUACCCAUCCGCAGACGCACGCCUUCAAUACCCCCUUUCAGCUGUCCAAAACCCCCCAACGCAUGUUGGUUCAAAUGGCCGUGUUUGGUGGGCCGAGUACCUUGUCAGACCUUCCCAAGGUGUCAAGUGUAACGCAUCACCAAGUGCGCCACGGCGAUGUUCUCGUGUUCGCCACAGAUGGUGUAUGGGACAACCUGAGCCCGCAGGACGUGCUCGGAAUUGUGAGCAGACACAUGGUUGAGAUCGGCGCAUGGGUCGAGAACGAUGGCGGUAUGAGGGUUGGACCGGAGCUUCGCAAGUUGGCGCAAGCAGAUGGCUCGGAAAAGGCAGACGGGUCUUCACUCCAGGCGCGUCUCGCCGUCGCUAUUGCGAAGAAAGCCAAGGAGACUGGUUUGGACACUCGCCGGGAUGGCCCGUUCGCCAAAGAGGUGCAGAAGUUUUACCCCGGAGAAGACUGGCAUGGCGGAAAACCCGACGAUAUUGCUGCCUUGAUCGCCGUUGUGGUGGAAGAGCCUUCGGCAUAAAGAGCGCUGCUGGUAGAGUUCUGGGCAUCUGGUUGCAUUGGCCGGCGUUGGUGGACAGUCAUGGUUCGUGGCGAUUUUCAACAGCCACAUAGGUGUACAUGGGAUGGAUGUGGUUCAUGUCGAGCUCGCAUGCAGCUUUCGACUCAUCAUUGGGCGGGAAUCAUUGUUGAUGGUAGUGUGUAUCUAUCGGAUUGCAUCGUGUCAUAUUAUGUCGUUUUGCAUUGCCUCACAUGUACUGUUGUGAUGAUGUUUCAUUCACGUAUAUGCAUGUGGGCUUUUUUCACCUGGAGUAUGAUAAAUCCGACAAUUACAUGUACC